GACGCCACGGGCAAACGGAAGAAGAUCUUCUUCUGCGCGAAGUGCUUGCACGGUUUCACCUUGAAGUGGAACCGGGACCGGCAUUACAGAUCUGAGCAUGUUGGACUCGUACAUGGGCCUGGCCCUGUCCGGCGAGCCCGCGGAGAGGUACGACGCCUCGGGCAAGCGGAAGAAGAUGUUCUUCUGCGCGAAGUGCCUGAACGGGUUCACCUUGAAAUGGAACCGCGACCGGCAUUACAAAUACGAGUGCGGGCUCGAGCCGCGUUACAAGUGUCCCUAUUGCGACAAGAGGAACAAGCAGACGUCGCAGAUCUACAGUCACGUCAGGAGCAAGCACCCAACGGAGCGAGUCUACGCGGUCACCCUGACGGACUAAAAUAUUUGCUCGCCUUUUUCGGCCGGCGCGCGCGCGCGCGCUUGCGGCACGUCGCUCGGCGGCUCCAGAAAAACGCUCCGCAGCCCUCUCGCCGACGCGUCCGAUCGACGAUCUUUAGGGCCAGCCGUGUCCACGAACGAGCCGACAAACGCUCCGACGUCGGCGCGACGGAUUUCCGCGCGAGUUUUCCCACGGUCGGAGCGAAGCCGACGCGGUCGCCGAUCUCGCCGGGGCCUCUCUAUGUUUUUUAAAGCGAACGCGAUUAAAGAGAACGAGCUACCGCCGAUCCCUUGCAUUCCGAUGCACAAGGGCUACCAAAGGGACUGCAACUACCCGAUGAUGCCGUUGAUCAAGAACCUGGCCAGCUUUUGGAUGGCGAAGCGGGUCGAUUUCCCGUACCGGUGCGAGACCUGCGGCAAGGGCUACCAGCACCGCGCCACCUUGGUCAGACACACCAGGCACGAGUGCGGCAAGGAGCCGCAGUUCAAGUGCCCCUAUUGCGCCCACAGGACCAAGCAACGCGGGAACCUCUAUCAGCACAUUAGGACGAAUCAUCCGGGAAAGAACGUGUUCUCCAGCAGCAUUUAGGAAGCGCCGGGUUCGAGAGAGGCUUUCUCGAGAAGACCACGAACACGCCGUUUCGUUCUCGCGUCGCGAACUCCUCGUUGCGAACGAUGGACGGCGCCGCGCGCCGAAGAUCUUCACGGUCCCGUUUCACGAAGCGUUAGGUCUUUCGAGCGAGUUGCGAGGCUCCGUUGAUUGGACCGUUGCUCGGCCUCGAAUCGCGAGGACAUCGCGCGGUUAAUCAUCGUCGCUGCUUCGCUGCUCUCGCCGAGAGAGAGAUUCUUCUGUUCGACGUCGCGUUGGGGACUCGGGUGCCGGUGUUGCACCGGCGGUACUGUCACGGAAUCGGUGUACAGGGUGUCCCCGAAAUGUCUCGGAAAUGAAGGGUUCCCGAGGGAUUGUUCUGAGAAACUUUUUCCUUGGCGAAAGUGGCAAUCCGCAGCUUUGUUCACGAGAUCGCGUUUAAAACGCUUGUUAUUUCGGCUCCGAAAAAUUCGUGAACAUUCUUCA